AUGCCUCCCUUAACGACUUCAAAGACUCCCACCGAAGCGGAAAAGAAUUUGCAGGACAAACUGCACGAUCUGUUGACCCGCCUAUCGCAAACGAUGGAAUUAGUGAAAUCCUGGCCCGAAGACAAGGGAAGCCCUUCAGUCCACGUCGAGAACGCUACCAAACUUAUUGCUGCGAUUCGACACAUCGUAACUGCUCUCCAAAAAGUAGAAAGCAUCGUACAGGAAAACACUGCUUUGAGGAGAACAUUGCAGAGCUGUGCGAUACCGACAGAUCUACUGGAUCUGUUAGAUCAUGGCGGCGGGGUUCAUCCGGAUUGCUUCUCCCGGGGUUUACUGCAAGAAGCCUUGGGACAACUAGCCGGACUGAAGCGGAGAAAGCUAGCACUCGAAAUGUUGGGAUCUGCUGUACAAGCCGGUUUGACAAAGAAAAAGCGCACCGUCGAAGCGGAUACUGUUCUAUUAAAGCGUGAGCGUCCUGAGCUAUUACCGGGUGCAGCACUAGACGAGAACCCUGCAGAACCGUCCUCAAAAAGGCAGCGCAUUCAAGAUACAUCAGCUCCGUGA